ACUUUUCCACUCUAUUUCUUCUCUUGCUUCUCUCCAAUGGCUUCUUCUUGUUCCGGUUCACUACUAGUGCUUCUCUUUGUCAUUUCCUCGACUCUUCUAUGUUUCUCUGUGGCUUCCAAUGAGUUCGAAGUUGGUGGCUCAAAAGGGUGGAUUGUUCCACCUGCUAACGACACCAACUUCUUCAAUGAUUGGGCUUCCCAAAACAGGUUUCAGGCUGGUGACACCAUUCGGUUUAAGUACAAGAAGGACUCUGUGAUGGAGGUGGGAGAGGGAGAUUACACACACUGCAACGCCACACACCCCACACUCUUCUCCAACAAUGGCAACACUGUGUUCAAGCUUAACCACUCAGGGACCUUCUACUUCAUCAGUGGUGCAUCAGGGCACUGUGAGAAGGGUCAGAAGAUGAUUGUGAGGGUCAAGGCUGAUGAGUCUCUUUCUCAGCAUGCCAAGUCUUCUGGUCACCAUGUUCCAGUUUCGCCAAUUGGGGUCUCUCAAAUGCUCUACCUUCAGUUUGUUUUGACAUGUGUUGCUUCUUAUGUAGUUUGAAAUGCUUAGGAAAAUUCAAUAGGUGUAUUAGCUAGGAAUCGAAUGUGUUCUUUAAUUUGUCCAUGUGUUUUUAUAUAAUUAUUAUGGUUUUGCAUAAA